AGCAGCAUCUAAAAAUAAAACUUUUACUUUUUUUAUUUUUGUAAAUAUAUAAAAUAUAAAAUGAAAACAAUCACGCACACAGUCUGCCUGCUUCCCAACACUCUCCAAUACCAUCGCAAUUCUCAUGCUCAAUUCCCAACUCUCUUUCCUCACAAAUAUCCUCCCAUUCCCAUGUCUACUCGCCGUCGCCGUCGCACUCACAAAAAUCGCCGAACCUCGUCCGCCGCCUCCGACGACGACUCUUCAUUUCCUCCGCCAUCACCGCCGCCGUACAAUGAUUAUGAUGGACAGCGAAAGGCGACAGAAUUAGAGACGCUGAUAAAAAGAUUCUGGAAAGUGGCGGCUCCUUAUUGGUCGUCGGAUGAUAAAGUGCAAGCUAGAUUGCAACUUGCGGCGGUUUUUGCUCUCACUUUAGGCACCACUGGUAUCAGCGUUGGCUUCAGUUUCCUUGGCCGUGACUUCUACAAUGCUCUUGCUAAUAAAGACCAAGAACAAUUCACCACACAGUUGCUUUACUACCUCGGUGCCUUUGCUGGAGGUAUUCCGUUCUUUGUGCUAAGAGAUUAUGCGAGGGAGAUACUUUCGCUACGCUGGAGGUCAUGGAUGACUAAGUACUACAUGGAGCGCUACUUGAAAAACCAAGCAUUUUAUAAAAUUCAAUCCCAAUCUAUUGUUGAUAAUCCGGAUCAGCGCAUUGUUGAUGACUUGAGUUCCUUCACCGGCACUGCUCUUUCUUUCUCGUUGACACUUUUUAAUGCUGCUGUAGACUUGAUCUCUUUUAGUAACAUUUUGUACGGUAUCUAUCCUCCAUUGUUUGUUGUCCUCCUUCUUUAUUCUGUUGGUGGAACUGUCAUUAGCGUUUUUCUUGGAAGGGGAUUGGUUAAUCUUAAUUUCUUGCAAGAAAAGAAAGAAGCUGAUUUCCGCUAUGGCCUUGUACGCGUUCGUGAAAAUGCUGAAUCAAUUGCUUUCUACGGUGGUGAAGAGAGUGAAAUGCAACUUUUGUUGCAGCGCUUCAGGACUGCUUUUGAAAAUUUAACGGAAUUGUUGAUUGCUUCUAGAAAUCUUGAGUUCUUCACCAAUGGCUACCGGUACUUAAUUCAAAUUCUUCCUGCUGCUGUUGUUGCUCCUAUGUAUUUCUCAGGAAAAAUUGAGUUUGGUGUUAUUAACCAAUCAGUAUCUGCCUUCAAUCACAUCUUGGGAGAUUUUUCCCUCAUUGUUUACCAGUUUCAGGCCAUCAGUGCAUUUUCAGCCGUCAUUGAUCGAUUAGGUGAAUUUGAUGAUGUUCUGGAUAGCAACAACACUAAGAAUCUCUCUGAUACAGAAGAGAUUUCUCUUUCAUACUGUACUGUCAGUUCACUCGGGCUAGAAUCUAAUGGGUGCUUACCAGUUGAGAAGUGCGAAAAAUUACUGGAUAUAGAGAAUUUGACUCUACAGACACCAAGUAAAGCUACACUGAUUCAAGAUUUGUCAUUGGCAAUCAACAAGAAAGAUCAUUUGCUGGUAACAGGGCCCAGUGGGAGUGGUAAAACUUCUUUGUUAAGAGCUCUAGCUGGUCUAUCGAAUAUGGGAAGAGGAAAAAUAACUUUCUAUGUUGAUGAUGAGGAUGAUUCUGUGUCACCUACUUCUUCUGAUGUGCCUGCUACAGAAGUAAAUAGUUCACUUGCUAUAGCUGAAGAACAUGAAGCGCCAGUUGAUAGAAAUUCUAGAGGCAUAUUUUUCCUUCCUCAAAGACCGUAUAUGGUUUUGGGAACACUUCGUCAACAAUUGCUUUACCCUAUAUGGGCCGACGAUGUAGCUUCAACUUCAAAUGGUAAAUCAGCUGGUUCAGUGUCGUUCUUGAUGGAGAAAGCAACUUCCGAAAAUGUGAGAGGAAAGCUGAGUAGACCCACAACAGAUGAUAUGCUGCAGGUUUUAGAGAGAGUUAAUCUUGGUUAUAUCUUAUCACGUUUUGGCAGUUUGGAUUCAACAUGUGAGUGGUCCAGUGUUCUUUCUCUUGGUGAGCAGCAGCGCCUUGCUUUUGCUCGUCUAUUGCUCUCAAAACCCAAGCUGAUUCUGCUAGAUGAAUCAACUAGUGCUUUAGAUGAAGCUAAUGAGGCACAUCUGUACCAGCAGAUUGAAGCAGCAGGCAUCACAUAUAUUAGUAUUGGCCAUAGGCGAACUCUAUACGAGCACCACAACAUUGUCUUGCAUAUAACCACUCCAGAUCCCUACAGUAGCAAACGCAAUUGGCACAUCGAGUCUAUCGAUCAUGGAAGCUUGUAUAAUUUGUCGAAUUCGUGAUGCUUCAUUGUGGCAAUUAACAAGUGAUGGCCGUUUUGGCUAUACAUUUUUAUUUGUAGUAACCACUCUUCUUUUCUCUGAAUAUAGCAUAAAAAUGAACGUGCAUAUAAAUAUUUUCAUGGGAUA